GAAUGGGGACGCGGCCGCAGUUGACGUUCUUGCGCAGAUCUGCAAUAUCCACCUUUUCGAUGUUGCCGUUUUUUCACUUGCGGAACCGAUCCUCGCAACAACCUUCCCCGCAAUCCACCAGCAAUCUGAGCAAGAAGCCCAGUGCGGAUCUGCGCUCCGACCCAGAAAUUGCCGACACGACCAUCGACUGCCUCGGACUUGGGAUUUCACCGGAGGUCGAUCCGACGGUGCGGAUUUGCGCCGGUUGUGCCAAACGCGUCGACGCGCAGCAUGCCUUCCGGACGCGAGACCUGCACUGCAACAGUUACGUCGAGAACGGGCUGGAGGACAAGGAAGACGAGGACGUGUGCCGGUUCUGCUUGCAGGCGGAUGGCGGGGUGGCGUUGGUCGAGUUGUUUCCGGGCGGCGGCGGGAGCAUAGCGGAUGAGGUGCAAACUGUGCGGGAUUGUUUAGGGGUUGAGAUCAACAGCUGGGACAUGGUGACGAAGAUUUGCGGGGAUUGUGUGGGCGGUGUUGAAGAGUUGGCUACAUUUCGGACGGAAUUUUCGCCGACGGCCGGCACGGUGAAGCUGGAGGACGUGAUGGAUUCGUUGGAUUCGUACAGAAUUGGCAGCGAGAAUGGGGAAGGGGGUGAGGGUUUUGAGUCAGACAGUUCGAUGGCGGAUGACGGAGAGAAGCGUGGGGAAAAGCAGAAGGUCACGGCACGGUCGCUUUGAGGAAUAUUCGUUCAAUC